AUAUCGCGGCUGCAGCUAUGCACGCAGCACGCACACAACGCAUAUAUAUUAUCUGCUGUAUGCCUGUAUAGUGUGUAUGUAUACACACAACGCGAUAGGUUAGAAAUGUCGAAUUGAAACAUUGAAAUGAUAAGUGUAUGUUUAUUUAAACGUCGAUACUCGCGCGUACUCUAGAGCUCUUUGCAAUAUGAAAAGGAGAAAAUUCUCCCGCUGAGCUGUCAAAUAUUUCGCUGAUUCACUGUCAAGAAAUUUUCUGCAAACAAGAGCGAGUCGCGACUACUUACUUAUAACGCUUUCAAGAAUUUCGAUCAGUUUCACUUUUAUCCGGAGGGAAAUGUAAUGAGAAUAACGGACAGAGAUGGCUGGAGGACGUAGGUGUCCUGGAGGACGGAGCGCAGCGAGUACUCGCAUACAAGUGGGCACUGCUAAUCAUUCCGUCUCCGGGACAAAUUACAUUAAUUCCGGAGUCUGCAAUGUCGAGGAGAAGAAACAUUUUGGAGAGCACAUGUCCAUAGGUCGCACACUGGCCCCCAAACAUGUUCCCAUUCCCACGAUCCCUGUGGAUGGGCAGCUGCUUUUCGAAGCCAUGUCCCUGGCCACAUCCCUGGUCGCCGCAUCUCUGCAAUUACUCAACUUGUACAAAACCGUCUGGUGGCUACCUCAAUCUUACAACGAGUACAGCAUGAACUUCUACUUGAUGGACCCUUACCUACUAAUAUUCAUCAUAACAAUGGUUGCAAGGCAAUUUGUUUACGCACUACUCUGUAAAUCUAUGGAUGUUACUACGCCUCCUCGUUGGUUGCCAUUUGCUCAAAGAGUAAUGAGGAUACUGCUUCUAAUUGUUAUCUUGGGCAUUCUUUUCUGGUGCCUGUAUUACAUGACUGAGAGACACAAUUCAAUCAAGGUUUUUUACCUUUGUUAUCCUAUUAUAUCUGUAUACUUCCUCAUGUUUGGAGCAAGCAUAGGACCCUUUUUUGAUAUAUCCACUGCGCCUCUUUAUGUCAAAGAGGAUAGGAAAACGAAAUUUUUACUAGAUAAACCACUGCAUAAUUGUUCACUCAACGCUACUGCUAUUAGGGCAGAGGUAGCAAGUCUAAAGUCGGACUUUAAUCGGCGCUUAAAGAGAGCUCUGUUUGCGUCAUCUGGAAGUGCAUAUUUGUGCGGCAUUGCACCUGUGAUAUUUGUUCCUCCACAUUUGCACUUUGACAUAACAUGGGUUGUACAGCAUAUUGUUCUGAUUUGGCUUGGUAGAUUAGGCGCUCACUUCACACAGGCGUAUCCCGUUAGGUACUGCGACGUUCUGCACAGAGCAGCACUACACUUGGGGAAAUGGUCAAAAGUCGACGGUAAGAGUAAUCACUUACCGGCACAAUCGUGGAACGACGCUGUUUUAUGGCCUCAUGGUUCUUUAGUAAGGCACAACAAAGAGCUCUAUCGUUCCGAGGGUCUCUGUACCGCUGCUGAACCAGGAAACUCGAGUCACUAUCGAUUUUACGCGCUGUUUGGCAAUCCCACGAUUUUGCAGUGUUCUUUGCUAGGAUUAGAACUGACUCUUGUCGCCGUACAAAUGAUGAUACUCGUCCGAACAACAGAGUGGUAUAGGGUACUGUCGAUGAGUCUGUUGAUCGUGACGAAUUACUAUACGCUCUUCAGGCUGACCAGGGACUAUUUGGUGUGUUGGAAAGUUUACCGCGCAGAGCAGAUAGUCCAGGAGAAGGCACAAAUGGCACUGUCUGGCAAUGCUCAAUAAGUGCGAGGAUGGACGCGUCGCGCGCGAUCGUGUGUUAGUGUGUGAAACAACCAAAGAGGUACAACGCUACGAGGAAAAUAUAAGUUCAUUUUUAUUUUCACCAUUACGUUUUUUUUCCUUUCAUAAAACAAAUAAAAUCAACAAUUUUUAACAGUA